AGCAGUGCCUUUGACCAGUUUGCAAUGCUUUCAUGCUCCCAUUUGUGUUCCUAGCGGUUAAUGUUGCCAAAUGGUCUUCAAAAGAGCUUGACUUAGGGUUGCAAUAUCUGCCGGUGCCGGAGCGCAACCGCAUUUUACGAUUUCGGUUGAAGGCAGACCAGCAUCGAUCUCUUGCAAGUCAACUUUUGAAGAGAUAUCUUUUCUCUAAACAUCUGAAAAUUGCCUGGAACGAUAUUUCGUUCAAGGAAUCUGAAUAUGGCAAACCGAGCACAGCCAUGGAGGUUGGAGAGAAUGUAGAUUUCAAUGUAUCGCAUCAUGGAGAAUGGGUUGUUAUUGGUUUAUGCUCAAACGGUACGAUUGGCGUCGACGUGACCAGAAACGAAACACCGCACGAAAGCGUAGACGCCUUUAUCGACUGUUUUGCUGAUCAGCUCGCGGAAGAUGAAUUGGUUAAGCUACACAGUGCCAAAAACGAGAACCAAAAGCUUCAGUUGUUUUACGAAAUUUGGUGCCUGAAGGAAAGCUAUAUCAAAGCUCUAGGAGUUGGACUGCACAAAGAUUUAAAGUUUGUUAAUUUUAUGUCAAACAAGAAUGCCGGAAAUGAUGGACAAAAUGUCGUUGUACAGGACUCAAAGGAACCGGAAAACGACAAGACAUUUGUAUUCAAUCUCUCAUAUAUCGAUCAAGAGCAUCCUGUUGCGAUUUGCACAAACGCUAAACUACAAGGAUCUGAAAAAAUACUGUCAUCUUCCAGCUUAAAGAUGGGACAAGAAAAGCAUGACAUAGAGAAGAAUGGUUCACAAUUUGAUGUUAUCACUUUUAGUGACAUGGUACAAUUCGCUGGCAACCAAAAAUAAAGAAAAAGAUAACAUAUGAAAAAUGCAAAUCCAGCUCCACUGUAUUGUCAAUAUGUACAAAGGGUUAAAAUCGA